CUCCUCUCUUUCUCUCAGUCUGACUCGCGACUUUCGUCCGUCAUCGCAUGGGAGUUCCUCCACUAUCAGACCCGUUAACAGCAGUCGGCGUCGAGGCACCCGCUAUAACGUCUCUCACAUCCCCGGCUGCUGGUGCUCGCCGUUCCUGACCUGUCCGCCCGAUGGGCCGCACGGAAAUCAGUGUGAAACUCGAACAGCCGGAAACACGUAGUAGUUCAAACUCGCGUGAUAUCCGCGUCAACCCGAGCAGCCGUUUUCUUCGCCUUUUCUUUCACCAUUCGACUUGGACACCGAACAGAUCGAGGAGGAGAAGAGAUUCGGGCGCGCGAAUCGAAUGAAUUUUCCGAAGGGUUGGUCGUCGGAGGGUGGUUGUUGUUCGAGGCUGGCGAUGGAAGCUUGGAUGACGGUUUUCGAAGAGGAUCGGAGUUGAGGAGUCGAGGAAAAGUGGCGGUGACGGGGGAUUUAUUUGAGAGGAGAUUUAUUUGAGCGGGGUUGUUGGUUGUUGGUUCGACUUUACUUUACAUGGUAAAAAGUAAUCGGAGGGUGCACGGUUGGUUGACACCGGUGGUGGUGCAACGCGCUCCUUGAACGAGGGGCGGAUGUCGUGUACAGUGAGGGGAGGAUUGUUGUAAUAAGAAAAGGAAUAGUGAUCCAACUUUGUUCCGAGCACGAUGAUGGAAGUGCAGCAGCAACACUCCCCCGUAGGGGUGGGUCCUCUCGACUUUUCGCGCAGAGGCGUCGCGGAGGCGUCCGCUUUUCGCGUUGUCAAACAACAAUCGGCGUCGUCGUUGGUGGUGCAUCAGCAAGCGUUGUCGCCGGAAACGAACAACAACGAGAAUUCCCUUCAAGAGAAUCCGCAGAUUCCCGUGGAAACCGAAGGAGGAUGCAACGUUCGCCUGAUGUUCCCCAGACUGUGGGCACCCUUCGGAAACCCUACCGAGGUCACGAGUCUACCACCCUUGCCCAAAAGUCACUCAGGUACGUGGGUGCACGCGAGGAGAUCCCACAAUGGGAAAAGACCGUUCGCCUGCGAGCUGUGCAAUAAAACGUUCGGCCAUGAAAUUAGCCUUACGCAACACAGAGCCGUGCAUUCCGCGGAGAAGGUGUUCGAGUGCAAGCAGUGUGGCAAGGCGUUUAAACGUUCCAGCACUUUAAGCACUCAUCUUUUAAUCCACUCGGACACGAGACCGUACCCCUGUCAGUUCUGCGGGAAGAGAUUCCACCAGAAGAGCGACAUGAAGAAGCACACCUACAUACACACCGGCGAGAAACCGCACAAGUGCCAAGUAUGCGGCAAGGCGUUCUCUCAGAGCAGUAAUCUGAUCACGCAUUCGAGGAAGCACACGGGCUUCAAACCGUUCGCCUGCGAGCUUUGCGGCCGGGCAUUCCAGCGGAAGGUCGACCUGAGAAGGCAUCGGGAGACCCAGCACGCCGAUCUGAACACGUCUCAAAGGCCGUCGAUCGGCUCGAUCCCCGGUCAAAACUCUUUGCCUAACGGCAAUCCGCCGAUGAUGCAAUGAAUAAUUCUCAAACGAUAAUCGAACGGACUGUGAAACUUUUUAUCCUCUGGGAGGAAACAGGUUGAUAACAGGUUAAUCGAAUUCUUCUCCAAAUGGUGCAAUCGAGGGGAAUCUUCGACGAAACGUUUUUUUAUUUUUUUCCUUCGCCGUCGAAGUAAAAGAAAACAAAAACACUUUUUACAUUUUAAGGGAGUACGCACAUUGAACUUGUACAUUUAACCGACUAUUUAUUAUUUAAUAAUUCGAAAUGUCGUUUUUUUUUUUUUUUUUCUUUUAUUCUUCGAGUGCAAUGUGUUUCGAGGAUUUCAUCGUGGAUAUAUUAGAAUUCGUGGAAUUGGAAUUCAACCGUGCAUUCCGAUACGUUAUUCCGGGACCGUGGUUGGACACGAACGUGUGUGCAAAGUGAUAUAACGCGCAUUAUUGUUACCAAAGCUGUACAUUCCGUACCGUGGCUCGAACAAGAAAGUAUUGUUGUAAGAGACAGGAUUUUUUUUUUUUUUUCUAAACGAAAAACACGAUUACUCGAAUCGUUUUUAAACUCAGAU